CAUCUUUCCCUCAAAGCUUUUCUCGCAUUUUCUCUCCGAUUUUCUCUCCACAGUCAGAAUUUUCUCGGGCCCGCUCGAAACUUUCUUUUCUCGGAGCUAGCUGCGAUGAAGAAAUCUGGAGUCUUCGCGGCCUCGGUCGCUGCGGCAUCCGCCGCUGCAGUCACGGCUUCUUCUUCGUCGCCGUCGUCGUCGUCGUCGUCCACGAACUUCAACUGCAACUCCAACUUCCAAUUCUCUCGCCAGGGCGAUGGCCAGAGGAGAGAUCGAGAAGAUGGCGCGAGACCAAAGCCUGCUUCCGCGGACAAGUUCGCCCCGAGGUUCGACGGGUUGAGGUUCAUCGAGACGCUGGUUACUGCUCACAGAUGAUACCGAGCGCUCGGCCGCUCUUCCGAAGGAAGCGAAACGCGAAGAAGCUUUGGUUUCUCUCUCUCUCUCGGCCCCUUCUCUUCUGGGUUAAUACGGGAUUGUCUAAGGGAUUAGCAAGAUGCCUUUUUUAUUCAUAGAAAACCGCGAAUGUUUGGGGAUUUGUUCUUGCAGCACAAGGCAAGAAAAGGUUUUCUGGGCUGUAGUCGACAAAUACUUCCUUUAUUUAGAAAAUAACAAGAAUAGAAAAUUCAUAUUA